AUGGGCCGAGCGUGGAGGGUGCUGGGGGUGGUGCUUUUGCUGCUCACAAUCCUGCAAGUCGGCCCACUGAAGGCGGAGUUUGCUGGGGAAGACGAGCGCAUGCUGCUCAUCGUCGGCGACGUCUCCGACGCCACCGCCCGCGUGCUCUACGAGGGACUGGGCGGCGAGGAGAGUGCACGCCCGCUCACGGCGCAGCUGUUCGAGGAGCCCGCCCACGCGCCCGUCCACAACUUCAGUGUGGUGGCCAAGCGAGUGCCUCAGAUCCUCAAGCUCGAUGGCCUGAAGGAAAACACCAGGUAUUCGGUGCAUUUUGACAACGACGACUGGGUGAGCUUCAGGACCUUUCCCUCCCGCCAAUCGCAUGUGAAGCGCGAACUGAAGAUGGUGGCCCUGUCGUGCGAUCGAUACUUCGAAGACAAGGACGACGAGAUGUGGACGCUCCUCAACCAGAAAGAAGCGUUGGACGUUAACAACACCAACAACAACGACAACAACGACAACGACAACAACGACAACAACAACACAGGCGAGCUGGACCUUAUCGUCCACAUGGGCGACCAGAUCUACGCCGACGACGUGUUGGCCCGGUGGAGGGAGAAGCUCAGCAACCGGACCGCGACCACCGAGGCCGACCAGGACCAGCAGGACUACGAGCAGCUCGUCGAGGACUACCGCAAAGUGUACCGCAUCACCUUCGGCCAGCCCGAAGCGCAGAAGGCGAUGCGCCAUGCGGCCAACUGGAUGCUCCUCGACGAUCACGACGUCUUCAACAACCUCGAUUUCGACUACCUCAAGCGCGAUCCGUCGGUCACCAUUGCCUUCAAGGCGGGCAUGCAGGCCUACCACGAGUACCAGGGCCAACUCAUGGAGGACAUGCCGGAGGAUACGGGUUCGGUGCACAGAGUGGACUUUGUGCGGGAGGUGAUGAACGUGGCCUACUUCUCCGACGCUGUCCACCCCAUGACCGGCGACGCGCAAUUUGUCGAUUUUGAGAGGCGGAUCAAGGAGUACGGCACCAGGGACGACAUUUCGCACAUCUUCGUGCUGAGCCCCGUCCCGCUCAUGUUCCUCACCCCGCUCAUGGCCUCCAUCGCCUACCUCGCCGAGAAGGAAAUCUAUCCCACCUACUCGCUGUUCCUCAACGACACGCUGGAGCUCUUCGACAUGAUGCUGCCCUACCACCAGAAGAUCAAGCUCGUGAGCGGCGACAUUCACCAGUUCGUGUUGGGCGACAUAUGCCAUUCGAGCGGCGCCUGCAUUCCCCAGAUGGUACGACGGCCCCGCUGGCGAGCUCUCUCUCGCCCCACUCUCCGCGCCGACUCUGGCCGACGUUCGGCGGUGAUCGACUCGCUCAAGCUGUGGUUCUUCUACAUGGCCUUCCGGCACAUCGCCCCCAAGGGCGUGGGCGACUGGACCAUCAAGACCGAGCAGCAGGUCCUGAUGCGCAACUACGGUGUGGUGCAGGUGGACGGGGCGAGCUACUGGUGGCAGGGCGUCUUCCCCGCGGACAUCCCGCAGCGCCACCAGGUGCAGACAUUCAUCUUCGACCACCUGCACAUCUUCAUUCAGAUCGUCGGCGCCCUCUUCUUGGCGCAGCUGUUUGCCUUCAUUCUCGCGCGCGCCUUCAAGAAGGCCCUGCCGCCGACACCCACACCGGCACCGAAGCAAACCAAAGCCGCACGGAGGAAGUGA